AUGGCCCUCCGGCCAGACUGGCCACACGUUAGUAAGCUGGAGAGAGAGAAGAGCCAUGAGGUGAGACAUGAGCAACACAAGUCUACAGUGGUGGUGACUGAGCUGAAGGCCAAGCUCCACGAGGAAAAGACUAAGGAGCUCCAGGGGCUCAGGGAGACGCUGCUACGGACCCACGAGCUGGAGCUGAUGAGGGUUAUCAAGAUCAAAGACGGAGAGAUCCAGAGACUACAGGCGCUGGUUAAUGCGCUGCGAGAUGGAUCCACAGACAAGGUGAAGACGGCUAUGUUUGCGGAGGCGCGUGAGGAGGCCAGGCGUGGUUUUGAGGGGGACAGGAGCAGACUACAGCAGGAGAUCUAUGAGCUGAAGGGCAUGAAGAGACAGAUGGAGGAAGCUCUGAACUUGGCCGUCCAGGCAGACAAGACCAAGGCUGCUGAGAUACGGUCCGUCUAUCAUGUACACCAGGAGGAGAUCACCCGCAUCAAGAGGGAGUGUGAGAGGGAGAUACGCAGACUGAUGGAUGAGAUUAAGGUAAAAGACAGAGCAUGCUGUGUGCUGGGGAAGGAGCUGGGUGUUCAGGCUGGACACACUCAGAGGCUCCAGCUGCAGAAGGAGGCUGUGGAUGAGCAGCUAGCCCAGAUCAGAAGCAGGGAGGUUGGGGCAGGAGGACACCUCCACAGCCCCAAACGAGACGCUCCUUACCCCAGUGGUGCAGGAGACACCUCAGAGAGCCUCGAACAGCAGUUGGAUGAGAAGGACGCGCGACGCUUCCAGCUGAAGAUCGCUGAGCUGAGUGCCGUCAUCCGCAAACUGGAGGAUCGCAACGCCCUCUUGUCAGAGGAAAGAAAUGAACUGCUGAAGCGCCUAAGAGAGGCAGAGAGCCAGUUUAUGCCCCUGCUGGACAAGAACAAGAGGCUGAGCAGGAAGAAUGAGGAGCUGGCCCACGCAUUCAGACGCAUGGAGAACAAACUACGCUUCAUUACAGAGGAGAACAUGGAAAUGAGAGAGAAGGUAGCCACCAAAAGACGUCCCAGCUCUCUAAAUGACCUUGAUCAGAGUCAGGAGGAGAGAGAGAUCGAGUUCCUCAGACUGCAGGUUCUGGAACAGCAGAAUAUUAUUGACGACCUGUCAAAGGCUCUGGAGACAGCUGGAUACGUGAAGAGUGGGAUUGAAAGAGAUAUGCUGCUGAGGUACAGACGGCAGGGCAGCAUAGGGAGGAAGAAGGCCAUCAGGCCGUGUAAACCGGUGGUAGAGACGUUCUUUGGUUACGAUGAAGAGGCUUCUAUAGACUCCGACGGUUCCUCCAUCUCCUUCCACACAGACAGGACACCGUGCACAGACGAUGACCUGGAGGAGGGUAUGAUCAGGGAGGAGACAGAGAUGAGGUUUCAUCAGUUGACCAUGGAGUACCAGGCUCUUCAGAGAGCCUAUGCACUUCUACAGGAGCAGGUGGGGGGCACGUUUGAUGCAGAGAAGGAAGUCAAGACAAGAGAACAGUUGCAAGCAGAGCUUAUUCUCUACCAAACCAGAAUACAGGACCUGGAGUGUGUUCUGUCCCAGCAAGGACAGGAUAUGAAGUGGAUCGAGGAGAAACAAGCCCUGUAUCAAAGAAAUCAAGAACUUAUAGAGAAGAUCAAGCAUAUGGAAACAGAGGAGUCACGUUUAAAAAACGAAUUUCAGGACGCCAGAGACCAAAAUGAACUCCUGGAGUUCCGGAUCCUUGAACUUGAAGUAAGAGAGAGGAGAUCUCCAGGAAUCAACUUCCACGACAUCCACUUCUGUGAAGGCAUCAGUCCACUGCAGGUGUACUGUGAGGCCGAGGGAGUCACAGACAUCAUCAUCACAGAGCUAAUGAAAAAGCUAGAUAUACUGGGGGAUAAUGCCAACCUAUCCAACGAGGAGCAGGUGGUGGCCAUUCACGCCAGGACCGUCUUAACGCUAGCAGAGAGGUGGCUUGAGAAUAUAGAGGUCACCAAAACAGCUUUAGCACAGAAAAGGAUGGACAUUGAAAGUGAGAAGCAUGUGUUCAGUAAACAGAAAGGCUAUCUGGAUGAGGAGUUGGACUACAGGAAACAAUCCAUGGCUCAGGCUCACAAGAGGAUCUUGGAGCUAGAGGCAAUGCUGUUUGAUACCCUGCAACAGGAUGCGGGGGCCAAGAUGUCAGAGAUGCUGUCGGGCGACGAGAGGGAGACAUUGCGGCGGGCGAGAAUCAAAGAGCUGGAGGAAUGGAUAGCAGCUCAGAAAAGACAGAUAAAGGAACUAGAAGAAAAG